AAUACAAGCUCAAAGAAACUCCGUGUCCUAGAACUGAUGGAUAAAGGGAGUGUCACAGCAGUGGCUCCAUGGGUGUCUGCUGUGCUGUCCAUGAACGAUGUGGCCCUAAAGACUGAAUACACUGUUGCACACCCAAAUCCAGAGAGCCUCGCACUGGAAGAUGCGCCCGAAGGCACAGCAGUGGUUGUACGAGAGCCUUAUGCCUCUGAGGGGAAAUUGCCCGGGGCUGACUUGGUGAUAGCUUUCUGUGCAAUCAUGAGUACCUCUGCUGACCUUGAUAGUUUGGCUGAAGAACUGUCUUCGCAGUGCAAGGAACGUGGAUUCGUUCUUAUCUGCCAUCGCACAGCACUGACCACGGCAGAGGCAGUGCUGUCGAGAGUAAGCGGUGUUUCCUUCCGAGUUUAUUCUGAGCAGACAACCACUGCUGCUUUGACAGUUCGUGGACUUCGUUUGGUAGCACAAAAGUCGAAUAACAUAUCGACGCUGCUGCUCUUCAGGAAAGUUACCGUGGCCGUCGACGCCAGCAAGCAGGUGGUUGUCAGGGUGCAGAAUGGGCACUUCAGCUGGGUCGAGCCGCUGAAGGAAAAAGCGGUUGAACACGACAGCAAGCCAACUGGAGAAAACAUCUGGCUACUCGCAGAAGACACCGGUAAAAGUGGCAUCGUGGGUUUAACCAAUUGCCUGCGAAGGGAGACCAGCGGGCAUCACAUUCGGUGUGUAUUUGACGCCAACGUGGAAGAUUCAAACAGGGUAGCCGACUUCAGCCCUACCAACCCUGCCUACAAAGACAUAAUAGAGAAGGAUCUGGUGAUGAACGUCUACCGCGACGGACAAUGGGGAUCCUACAGGCACCGGUCCGUCGAGUGGUGCUUGACAGCCGGAGGGGCGAAGACGACCACGCAGUUCGCUUACCUCAACGUCCAGACGCCUGGAGACCUCGCGAGUCUUCAAUGGUACGAGUCUUCGCUGGGAUAUCUCUCCCCUUGUGAUAAACUCGACUCAGAGGAACUUUUCGUCGACGUAUACUGCGCUUCUAUCAAUUUCCGUGACGCCAUGCUCGCCAGUGGAAAAGUGAACAUGGACACUUCACGCGGUGACGACGUCGCAGAGGAGGCCUUCCUCGGAAUGGAGUACUCAGGCCGCGACUGGAACGGACGGCGUGUCAUGGGAAUGGUCAGCGGCAAGGGCAUAGCGACCGUGCUCGCUGCCGACCCGAUCAUGAAGUGGGAAAUUCCCGAGUCCUGGACCAUGGAAGAGGCUGCUACGGUGCCCGUGGCAUACUCUACGGCCUACUACGCCUUGGUUGUGCGCGGCGAAGUGCAACCUGGCGAGUCGCUCCUAAUACACAGUGGCAGCGGAGGCGUCGGACAAGCUGCAAUCGCAAUUGCCCUUUCGAUGGGCUGCGCGGUCUUUACCACUGUAGCCUCUGAGGAAAACAGAGAAUUCCUCAAGCGGCGCUUUCCAGUGUUACAAGACCGAAAGAUUGCAAACUCACAAGAUAUGUCCUUCGAAGAACACAUCAUGUGCGAAACUAAAGGGCGGGGUGUUGAUGUGGUGCUCAACUCGUUGUCCGAAGAGAAACUGCAAGCUAGCGUGCGUUGCUUGGCAACGCAUGGCCGCUUCAUGGAGAUUGGCAAGUUCGACUUGUUCGAGAACAAUUAUUUAGGCAUGUCUGUGUUUCACCAAAACGUAAACUUCCAUGGGGUCAUGUUGGACAGCUUGCUGCUCGAUAGCACGGCUGCUCUGGCUCACAAGCGCCGUGUCGCAGACCUUGUCAGCCAAGGAAUAAAAUCUGGGGUGGUGCAGCCGCUGGAUGUCAUAAGCUUCACCCGAGAGCGGACUGAAGAGGCCUUCCACUUUGCUGCCUCUGGGACAGAAACGAGCAAGGUCGUGAUCCAGAUGCGCCAAGAAGAGACCGAGCGUACGACUCGCGCAUCUCCGCUAACCGUAGAAGCAGUCGCACGUCCGCACUUCUACCGACACAAGUCUUAUGUCAUUGUUGGAGGCCUGGGUUGCUUCGGUAUGGAUCUCGCCGAGUGGAUGGUGUCACGUUGCUGCCGCAAGCUCGUCCUGGUGUCAAGGAGCGGCGUGCGCACUGGGUACCACAGGCUUUGUCUCCAGCGGUGGCGCCAUCUCGGGGCCACAGUACACGUCAUCAACGACGACGUCUCGACGGAGGAAGGUGCUCGCAAGAUUAUCGCGACUGCAGCAACCAUGGGACCCGUUGGAGGGAUUUUCAACUUGGCCAUGGUGCUUCGCGAGGCCUUGAUGGAGAACCAGUCGGCCGAUAUGUACGCAGAUGUGUGCAAGCCCAAAGUGUUGGGCACUCAGUGCCUUGACGACGUGUCAAGAAUUGAUUGUCCCGAACUCGACCACUUUGUCGUCUUCUCCACCGUUUCUUGUGGUCGUGGAAAUGUUGGCCAUACAAGCUACGGCUUCGCAAACUCCGUCACGGAGCGUAUUUGCGAGCAUCGUGUAGCUGAAGGGCUCCCCGGAUUAGCCAUCCAAUGGGGCCCUAUCGGAGACGCCGGCAUUUUCCACGAUGUCAUACGUGAUGACGUGAGAGCUUGUGGAUUUCUGUCACAGCCAAUAAAUUCAUGCGUGGCAGUGAUGGACUACUUCUUGAGCCAAAGCCACCCCGUCGUCUCGAGCCUGGUGAAGAGAAGCCAGUCGCCAACGACGGAAAGAAGGGAAAGGCGAGAGCUUGUUCAGAGCGUGGCUCACAUAAUUGGCGUCGAAGAUCCAUUGACAAUGAAACCGACCGUCAGCCUCGGCGAGAUGGGCAUUGACUCCUUGCUGAGCAUCGAGGUGAAACAAAUGCUGGAGCGUGACUACAAUAUAACACUCUCUGUGCAAGAGAUCCUUAAGCUUACUGUCAGCAGGCUAAAAGAGAUCAGCGAAUCUUGCAGCGACAAUUUACGAGCGCCUGAAACAUCGUCCGCAGUGGAAGCAGGACAAG